CACGCCCAUUUUUACAUGCGCAUGAGAUUUCGAGAAAACCUUGGUUGAGAAAAAAGAGUUGCCUUGGAGCGAUGAAAAAGUAAGUCAAUGAAGACGAGGAAAAAAUGAAGACAUCGCCAAGAAAAACCCUGUAGACAUCACAAAAGUUGUUAUAUAAUGCGUCCGCAGAGAUAUGUAGAUGGAUCAAUCUAGAGAUAAUCAAAGUUAGACAAGCGCGUUUAAGUUUGACGGGGUAGUUGAUAAUCAAGGUCAUUUUUUUUUUCUUCUGGAGUCACAAAGUUGGCAUCGAUAGCCUAAUUUACUUAAGGCGGGUGCGGAAGGCUUUUCACCCGACAAAAAUUAUGAGAGAUAGGCCGAUAAACCGUUAGAUUUUAACAAUAAUACUUUAUUUCUAUUUUACCGGGUUAUGUAGCGACCUAUGAUACGAAACUCUAUUGGGGUUAGAGCCUACUUUUGUGGAUAGUUUACAACACUGGGCCAGACUAAAACCAUAGACAACCGUUGAUAGUAUUUUACCGAACUAAACAUGUCUGCUGAGGAGGAGAGAUUCAAACUGGUCGUCGUGGGCGGGGGCGGUGUGGGGAAAAGCGCCUUGACCAUACAAUUCAUUCAGUCAUACUUUGUAUCGGAUUAUGACCCCACCAUCGAGGACUCCUACACCAAAAUAUGCACAGUGGAUGGGAAAGAGACACGAUUAGACAUCUUGGACACAGCAGGUCAAGAGGAGUUUGGGGCAAUGAGGGAGCAGUACAUGCGCUCAGGAGAAGGCUUCUUGCUUGUGUUCGCUCUGAAUGACACUGGCAGUUACAAUGAGAUCCACAAGUUCCACACUCAGAUACUGAGAGUGAAGGACCGGGAUGACUUCCCCAUGGUGCUGGUGGGGAACAAGGCUGACCUGGACCAGUCGAGAGUGAUCUCCAGAGAGGAGGCCCAGGGCUUUGCUAGAGAGAACAGGAUCCAUUACAUGGAGGCCUCUGCUAAAAACCGCUACAACGUAGACGAAGCCUUCCUGGAGGUGGUGCGAGCUAUAAGAAAGUUUCAGGAGACUGAGAGUCCCCCUCUACCUGCCAACCACACUGGAAAACGGAAGAGCGGUGGCUGCCCCUGCACCCUCCUUUAACCGCUCCCUCCCCUGGCAUAGCACUGUUGUCACAGAGACCAAAACCCCCUCACCUCACCACUGAUGCAAGUCUUGUCUGACUUACCUGGAGGGAAAUGGGAAGAUUGGGCAAGGGAGGGGAAAGAUAUACACUUGGAAAUGCAAAAAAACUGUAUGGUGAGGUUUGGGGAAUGGGAGGGAAAUGGGAAGAUUGGGCAAGGGAGGGGAAAGAUAUACACUUGGAAAUGCAAAAAAACUGUAUGGUGGGGAAUGGGGCAGGGAUGUGUGUGGGAGAGGUUGCUUACGUCAAUGGUGGGCAAAGUGGUGGAGUGUAACAUUUCUUUAAUGGUUUCAUUCACACUUAGAAAUUAGCAUCUUUAAACUUUUUUUAUAUACUUUUUUUGUAUUUGCGGUUUUGUUAUUUCAUUAUUGAGCUAGGAUGUAUAGGGAGAGGCCUUGCGCUAGAUGAGGCCACAGACUGAAGAAAGAAAGAAAGAAAGAAAGAGAGAGAGAGGAGGAGGGAUGGUAAGGAGGGAGAUCUCACAGAGACUGUGUUUUGGUUAGCUUCCUACGUUGGGUCAACCUGAUGGAAGUCACUGGUUUGACAUUGCUGGAAGGAUCGGAUAAUUUAGAAACUAGAGGGCGCUGUAAUUCAUACCUACAACAGGAAAGGAAGGGAGCCCAGUUAAACGGAAUAGACAAUUCGAUUUUUGAAAGACCGCAUGGAAAAGAGUGAGAGAUGAAGAAGAAGAAGAAGCAGAAUGAGAGUGAAAGGAUAUAUUUGAAACACUGGUACUUUUUCACAGUGUAGUGUACAUGACCACAGAAUAUAUCAUAUUUUUUGCACAACUUCAACUUAUGGACUGGUAGGCAAAAGUAGUUUGACACUAAAGUGCUAUUGUUUAUUUUAAAAUGACGGGGUGGACGUUUAGGCGUGUCCAGGUACUUUUGUCUAUGCAUACAGGUGUAGGCCUGCUUUUUAAGUCAUUUUUAUUGUAAUGCUGUUUGCAAAUGUUUUUUAGUGUCACACCGCUACGAACCAUCAAGGAGUUCGUUUUUGAAUUGUAUUACAUGAAUGAGUCAAAGCUAAUGAAGAUCUGUUGAAAAGCUGCAGACAAGGCAUCAUUCCUAUCGACCAAAAUAAUUGGGUCCAAUAAUGAGAACAAAUGCAGUGUACUUAUAAUCUUGGUGUAAAGUUCAAUAGAGUACAGGCUUAACUGAAUUAACAACAGAGAGAAUGCAAAAUGGAAUUCUAUUAAAUAGUUUGGGGUAUGGCCUCGUCUCCGGGGAUUGCUCCUCAGAGCCAGAUGCUGGUGACGGGUAGCUCUUUACUGGGCAGCUGGCAUCGGAAACCAAACCCCCUGCCGGUUAUUAUAGCUGGUGGUGGUGGGGAGGUGGAUGGUUGUCGACAACUGUUGAUGUAAAACAGAAAGUUUGAGAACAUGGGUAAGUUGACAUAUAAAUACGUCCCAAGAUUUACGCCCAUUGGUUUAGAGAGAGGAUGAUGAUAAUUGCAAGAGCGAGCCCAUAGGUUGAACAGCAAGCAUGAGGUAUGUGCAUUAUUGUGCUUAUAGGGUAAAUAGGGGAAUGACAUUCCGCACGUGGCUAAUAGGGAAGACGAGAAGACGCUAUGCUGAUGAUAAUACGUUUGUAUUAAUUCCCACUGUUAUGCUUACUUGAAGUUAACCGAGCAUUCAGACAAGCCUUCCUGAUUGAACUUCCGUAAACUACAUUUGUCUGGCAUGAAAUAACUUGUUUGUUUAGAGAGGAUAUGUAGCACUGGUCCUGCAAACCUUCCUAUCGAUGUAAUUAACAUCUGACUAACAGUAAGCCUACUUAUCCCCUGGGCGAUAUUUCAAACAAAGCAAGAUAGCCAUCUAACUUUCUGAAAGAUUCUGAAUCUGCACCAUAUUUGUGAGUUGAAUCGGACUCGAAACCUUGACCCUAAUAAUAGUUGUAAUGUUUUGAUAAAUAAUUGAUGAUUGGUUCUCAAAGCUGGCUAUCUUAUUUUCUUUGUGAAAUAUAACCCUGUUGAUGAUGUAGGAUCCACAUUUGUCCCCCAUUGUUCUUCACCUAAUUCUAAAAUAAUGCAUCGACUCAGUGUUAUUACUGCAGUGUAAUAAGCCACGAAAAAUAAUUGUACUUAAGUCUGUUAUAUGUAAUUAUUUUUAACAGCAAAAAGCCGUUUGUCUUAUACCAAUGAAUCUCAAAAUAUAUCUAACUUGCACCCUGUAAUCUGCCAGUAUCCGCCAAGUGUAUUUUGUACUGAAAUAAACCAAAUACUUUUUGUACACGUUACACUUUUUAUACAUUAUUACUAAAAUCUUGAGUUUUUGCACAGAAUGUGUCCGAAUGGAAUAGGGCAGCUGGUUUGUCUGGACACCCAACAUUUUUUUUCUACUUUACUAUUUCUCUUCAACAGCAUUGGUGAACGCUUGGUGACAGGAAAGAUGUAGCGAGAGGAAAGCAGUUUUGCCGAAGUCAAAAAAAUAAAAAAAAUAACUGAUGAAUGCAAUGAGAGAAAAAAAGAAGCAUGUAUAAAUGUACAGAUUAAUAAAAAUGACUGUUUGAAUUGGGA